UCUUCUGAGAGCAUCAUCGGCUCUGCUCAUUAUCCCGGCAUCAGCCUGCACUGCGCAUGUGCGGAGCGGACACUGCAUCAAGCUGCUGGAGGCUCUUCUUCUUCUGCUGGUGCCGAAUUAUUUGCCAUGACUACAGCACGAUACCGGCCUACAUUGGACCUGGCCUUGGACCCCCUGGUUUCCUGCAAACUUUGCCUCGGAGAAUUUCCUGUAGAACAGAUGACCACCAUAUCACAAUGCCAAUGCAUUUUUUGCACACUGUGUUUAAAACAGUAUGUGGAACUUCUGAUCAAAGAAGGUUUAGAAACUGCAAUUAGUUGCCCGGAUGCCAGUUGCCCAAAGAGAGGCCAUUUACAAGAAAACGAGAUUGAAUGCAUAGUGGCUGCUGAAAUAAUGCAAAAAUAUAAGAAAUUACAGUUUGAAAGAGAAGUUCUUUUGGACCCGUGUAGGACUUGGUGUCCAUCAUCCUCCUGCCAGGCAGUGUGCAAACUACAAGAGAAAGGGCCCCAGAAUCCACAGCUGGUACAGUGCACUUCCUGCGACAUUGAGUUCUGCUCAUCAUGUAAAGCCAAUUGGCACCCAGGACAAGUUUGUCAAGAAAACUUGCCAAUCACAUUUCUUCCUGGAGAAUCAAGCUCUGCACAGAAAGCUGUGGAAGAUGACGUACCAAUCAAACGGUGUCCUAAAUGUAAAGUCUACAUAGAACGGGAUGAAGGCUGCGCACAGAUGAUGUGUAAAAACUGCAAGCACGCCUUCUGCUGGUACUGCCUGGAGUCUCUGGAUGAUGACUUCCUGCUGAUACAUUAUGAUAAGGGACCAUGUCGGAACAAACUAGGUCAUUCUCGGGCAUCCGUCAUAUGGCAUAGAACACAGGUGGUUGGCAUAUUUGCAGGAUUUGGGCUUCUGCUAUUGGUAGCUUCACCAUUCCUCUUACUGGCCACUCCUUUUGUUCUGUGCUGCAAAUGUAAAUGCAGUAAAGGGGAUGACGACCCCUUGCCUACUUAAUGUUAAGAAGAAUGAAAUGGUAAAAUACACCUUUCCUGUGCACUGCUGAAGGCUACGUUACAAGUGGGAUACAGCGUAGUUUGUCCGGCUCAUCUGGCAUUCAGAGACACUAAGUGCGCCAUUAUAUUAGGAACUGUCUGCGUUUGUCAUACCGACACUAUGAUAACUACAUCAUCUGGGAGAUAGGAGGAUCAGACCGCACAAUGUACAGAAGACAUCAUUCAUCAACUUGUAUCAUACAUACUUGUUCAAAACUUUUAUGCAAGUUGAUCCAUUUUUAAAAAUCCUUUCCAGUAUGUCAUCAUCCAUAUACUUAUUUUACGCCAUUCCUUGUUUCAUAGAGGAUUUUUUAUAUAUUUUUUUUUUGUUAUAGAAUGCUGUAUAUUUCUUAUGCAUUGUUCUGAAAGGGAUUGUUUUUGCUGUAGAUGUUCUUUUAUAUCAGAAGGGUACCACAGAGAACUGAGCCUCAACUACUGAAAUAACAGUAGUCUGAAUUGAUUUUUUUUAGAAAAAGUAAAAAACGUAAACAGACGCUAUGCUUAGUUUUUAGUGUUUGCUGUUUAUAUGCAUUUGUACAUUAUAAAUGUUUACUACAUACAGUA